AUGUCUGAUAACCAUGAUCAAAGCCGUGAUAGUGCUCCUGACCGUGGGGGUAGCGAAUCAAGUGAGAACGGUGCAAGCGGCCCAUCCAGAAGCCAUUUUACAAUAGCCAUAAAUUAUGCCAGUUUAUCAGGGAAUGAUGAGCAAGCUGGCAACGAUGCUGCUAACACAGCAUUCACUCCUAUGAUUUUGAGAUUUGCAGAUGUCCCGAGUGAUACUUCUUCGGGGAGGCUAAACGAAGUGAUAGCGUUAGCCAGCGAAUAUAUUUUCCAGACACUAACCAGGGAUCAAAGAAGACACAGUGGACUUACGAGAGAAGCAUUUGAGAAACUUGAAGUACAGAAAGUUGAUACGCUGGACGAAAAAACCUGUGCUAUUUGUUACGAUGAUUUAAUUAAUGACCCCAAGGAUUUUGCCAGUACUUCAUCGAAGAGAGGUCGGGAGGAAAUUGGUAGUGCCGAGUCACCGAAUUCUAAAAGACAGCGUAAUGAAGAAGCAGCACCGCUACCACAUCAAGAAGGCCUACCAGAGAACGAAUCAGAUCAACGUGUAGAUAAUGAACUGCCUGAUCCUGAAUCAAGUGCACACCACACAGGAGAACAGGAAGGAGGUCAAGAAGACACUCCUACUUAUGGACAUUCAGCCACGGUACUUCCUUGUGGUCAUGUAUUUGGAAGAGAGUGUCUUUACAAAUGGACAACAGAACAUAACAGCUGUCCGAUCUGCAGGGCACCUAUCUUAAGCGAAGAGGAAUUACAGGCUCUUCACAGCAGCGAUGAUACGUCCUCAAGAGGAAACAAUGGACCAGACGCUACUCAACAAUCUACUUUUGAAUCCAUCAGAAGACUGCUUUAUGAACGUUCUCCUGAACCAGCUGUAGUGAACACAAUUAGAGAAAAUCAAUUGAAUACUAGUUCAGCAGAAAGCAUGACAACUGGCACAACAGCCUCCAAUCAAACGGAUGGUUCUCGUGUUACGGAAAAUUCAAAUACUAAUGAAAAUAGACAGCAACCAGAAUCUGCGCAAGAUAUUACUAAUGAUACUAAUAAUCAGUCAAGAACUUUUUCAACCAGUUUCAUAUUUUUCCUAUCAGAUCCAAAUGCCAACCAACCAACGGCUUUAACCACACCCCCAGUUGCUAAUACUGGUGUAACUCCUACAGCGGCAGCAACUACUGCCACGUCCCCAGCGGCUACCGGAGAAAGAAGCACAGAAAAUCAACAGGCUACGAAUCCAGUUCCCGUUAAUACCGCUGAUAAUAAUACCACACAUGCGGCCGGAAGAACGAAUACCCCAGUAAUAACCCAUUUCAACGAUCUGCCGGAAGAUAAUCAAAGAUUGUUGGGAAAUAUCAGAGCCAUUUUACGUAGAGCACACGAAGAAAGAACUAGUACUGGUCGUGGAAACGAUGACAAUAAUGAUGACAAUAACAACAAUAAUACUGCUACUAAUGCGGAAAAUACGAACAGUCAGCAGAACAGUCAUGUUGGACAUGAUUUUGCGCAAACGACAAGAAGGUUUUUCAAUUUAUUGCCAUUGCUUGGUCGGAGACAGCGAGGUCAAAACACCAAUACACAAAUUCCGUCAAACAUCCAACCACCACCAGCUAAUCCACAUACUGACCCGGCUCUAGAGAACCGCUAUUCUGCAUACUUGGAACAUUUGAAUACAUUGCGUAACGGGAACCGCCCUUCUUCGGAGGCUAACGGAAGUAGAUUUAGACUACCGUCCUUCUUUAGAUUGGGCAGAAAUACUGCCGGACAUCGUCACGAAGGAGGAAGCAGAACAUCAGCUCCUCUGUCCAAUCCACAAAUUGAUCCAUUACUAAGUUCCAAUAUAUUCAGCUCCGGAGUCGCUAGCUAUCGUCAUGCUAACGGAGUUCGGACUGUGAAUUUCACGGGAGAUAUUCCAGAACCUCCAAACCAAACAUCUCAAACAUCCUCGUCCAAUGUUGAUUCAACAACUACUAAUUCACAGCCAACUUCUGCUAAUAUUGCAUCGCACACAGAGGAAUCCUCCAACAACCAUGCAGAAAACCCUGAAAUUAGUGCAGUGCAUACGGAGCGGGCAACUUCUGAUGGAAACCAGAAUAAUGUUACGGAUGCUACCAACGAAUGA